GUCUAGUCCAGAUGUGUAGGCCGUCUGCUACAACUUUGCGCUGCUUGUAUAUCUUCCCAUUCGCUAAGACUAGUCACAGUAUUCCUCACAGCUUACGUUAUCUGCUCAUUGUUUUAUCACAACUUCUCUUAACGUGCCCUGGAUCGCAAUUCUUGGAAGUAUCCUGCAAUUAUCAUCCUGUGCUCGACUAGCCCUGUCUCAUUUUCUAUACCAGGCCCCGCGAUCAAGAUGUCUCUCAACUCAGAAAGCAUCAUCGGACUUGUCGCACUGCUCGUCACAAGCCCGCCAACCGUGUAUCUGCUAUACAAGCUUGCAACCGGUUCCCGUACCAGAGGAGAGACUUCUGAUCUCCCACUACAUCGCAACGAGGACCACGACGAGCCGCAGCACCGUAUGCAACCUCCCACCCUCUACCUCCAGCGCCAUGAGACAUGGUCAUGCUACACGAACAUCAUCGUAAAACCAACGGAUGCUCGCCAGAGGAGCAUGACGGCUGGCGAUGAGACGACGGCGUCAAGGGAAAUCUAG